AUGAGCAAUAGGUCUUCACUCUUAUUAACAGGGCACACUGGUCCUAAACCUCAAUUGAUUGUCAAGCUGGAGCAAGAUGAAGAGCCAUAUAUGAGAGAAGCUUCAGACAAGAAUUUCUCAGAUGUUCCAAAAAUGGAGCAUGUGAAUAAAACUUACCAGGAAUGUACAGAUGAAUGUCUGCAUGACGUAGCUGUCACAAAUAUUGACACAAUAGAGCAAAGAGUGAGAUUAGUGACAACUUCUAACUUGACCUCAAAACAGAAGCCAGAUCUGAAUAGGAAUGAUGAGAACUCCUUAAGGAUGAUUACGGACGAGUUCAUUCAGUGUCAGAACAUGCUCUACUACAGUGAGCCUGAACUUUGUCAGGGAAGGAGGUUUCCAGUCACUAUGUGUCAGAAAAGACACACAGGAAAGAAUCCUUAUACAAGUAGUGAAUGUGAGAAAUCAUUCAGUAAGGAUUUACACCUUACAAAACCUGAGAGGAAAUAUCCAGAGAAGCCUGAUGAGUAUAAGCAAUGUGCAAAAUCUAUCUCUAAGAAGUCAGAACUAAGUUCUUAUGAACCUAAAACAACACCAGAAGAGAAACCCUAUGAAUACGAAGAAUGUAGGAAAUUUUCCACUCAAAAGUCAAGUCUCAGAAGGCAUCACAGAACUGACAAAGAACAGAAGUUUGAUGAAUGCAACAAAUGUGGAAAAUCAUUUAGAAUGAAGUCAUACAUCACUUUGCAUCAGAGAAUACACACACGAGAGAAAUCUUAUGAAUGUCACAAAUGUGGAAAUUAUUUCAGACAGAAGUCAGUCCUUAUUGUUCAUCAGAGAACUCAUACAGGAGAGAAACCUUAUGAAUGUAAUGUGUGUGAAAAGUCUUUCACCUGUAAGUCACACCUUACUGUUCAUCAGAGAACACACACAGGAGAGAAACCUUAUGAAUGUAACAAAUGUGGAAAGUAUUUCAGACAGCAGUUUCACCUUACUCUCCAUCAGAGAACACACACAGGAAAGAAACCUUAUGAAUGUAAUGUGUUUGAAAAGUCUUUCACCUGUAAGUCAGACCUUACUGUUCAUCAGAGAACACACACAGGAGAGAAACCUUAUGAAUGUAACAAAUGUGGAAAGUAUUUCAGGCAACAGUUUCAACUUACUCUCCAUCAGAGAACACACACAGGAGAGAAACCUUAUGAAUGUAAUGUGUGUGAAAACUCUUUCACCCGUAAGUCACACCUUACUGUUCAUCAGAGAACACACACAGAAGAGAAACCUUAUGAAUGUAAUGUGUGUAAAAAGUCUUUCACCCGUAAGUCAGACCUUACUGUUCAUCAGAGAACACACACAGGAGAGAAAGCUUAUGAAUGUAAUGUGUGUGAAAAGUCUUUCACCCAUAAGUCACAACUUACUGUUCAUCAGAGAACACACACAGGAGAGAAACCUCAUGAAUGUAACAAAUGUGGAAAGUCCUUCAUCCAGAGUUCAUACCUCAGGAAGCAUAAGAGAAUCCACACACAUGAGAAAACUUAG